AUGAAUCUUGAUGAUGGUCUACUGCAAAGGCUUGUACUGCCUAUAGCGUUGUGCGGAUUGAUUGCUUGUAUCUGGACUAAUCUACACUCGUGGUAUCGUCUCCGUCAUAUUCCAGGUCCCUCUCAAGCAGCUCUAUCAUCUUUUUGGCUUGCCUUUACCUCUCUCAAAGGACAAAAUAACGACUUGUGGAUCCAUCUCGACGAGAAAUAUGGGCAAUUGGUACGGGUUGCACCCAACCUGGUUACGACUAGCGAUCCAAAGACGAUUCGACGAAUGGCGAGCGCCCGCAGCACAUGUUGGAAAGACGAGUGGUAUCGCCGAGCGAGAUUCGAAGCUGGCAUAGACACCCUGUUUACGCUGUUGCAUCCAAGAGCCCACGAUGAGUACAAGUCCAAGGCAGCCGCCGGGUACAGCGGACGUGAAGCCCCGUCCAUCGAAACCAGCAUCAAUGAACAGAUCCAGGCCGCUAUUGACCUUUUACGCCAUAAAUACCUUUCUACUUCAACCGGGGGCAACACGGGGGAUCAAGUCAAUGAUCAGCAGAAGAGCUUGUUUCGACCAUUGGACAUGGCCAAUUUCUCGACUUACUUUACGUUGGACGUCAUUACCAAAGUGGCAUUCGGCGAAGCGUUUGGCUGUCUGCAACACGAUGCAGAUGUGUCGGGAUUCAUCACCGAGUUGCAAGGUUUUCUACCUUUUGGAUCAUUCUUGUCUUAUAUUCCUUCGUGGCUAUAUGAUGCGAUUUCUCUCACAUUGAGUUACACGACCCGUUUAGAUGAUAGCCAGGGCGUAGGGCUGCUUAGGCGAAUCGCUCGAGAAUCGGUUACGAAGCGGUUCGAGCAAAGUGCCGACGCGCAAAAGGAUAUGCUUGGCGCUUUUAUGCGACACGGGAUGAGCUUUGAAGAAUGUCGCGAUGAGGCAACGUUCAUGAUUGCUACCGGGUCCGACACCACAUCCAGUGUCAUCCACUACACCAUGCUCCACCUGAUGACGAAUCCAAGAGUCUAUCAGACACUCAAGAACACUGUACGACAAGCAGUCUUGCAGGGCAGCGCGUCUUGUCCAAUUACACAAAAGGAAGCCAUGGUCUUGCCUUAUUUACGAGCAGUGAUUUUCGAAGGCCUACGCAUGCGCGCCCCAGCUCCCGGCAUCCACGCUCGCGUUACCUCGAAAGAAGGCGAGCACAUUUGCGGCAAGUUUAUCCCACCCGGCACAGGCGUCGGUACCAACGUCUCGGCCAUGCUACUCAACCCGGAUCUCUUUGGUGCCGAUGCAGCCAGUUUCCGGCCCGAGAGAUUCUUGGACGCGGAAAACUUGGGAGACGCGGCAAUCAGACUGCGGAUGGAGCGAGAUGUCGAGCUUGUCUUUGGCUAUGGUCGUUGGCAGUGUGCAGGAAAGACGGUUGCCUUUAUGGAAUUGUCCAAGAUAUACUUUGAGCUUUUCCGUCACUUUGAUUUCGAGCUCAUCAACCCGAUAAACCCGAUACAGCGAACAAACAGUUAUGGGCUAUGGAUCGAAGAAGGCAUGAUGGUAAAAGUUACAGAUGCGCCAGUUAUUUAG